AUGUUGAUGCUAUGGCUGAUUAUGCUGCAAGCUGCAGCUGGCAGUAGUACCGGUACCCUUCGUCGCCGCCGCACAGAGGAUGGGGGCUAUGGUGGUGCUCCCAUUGUUGGUGGCAGGGUUACAGACUUUGCAGAUCAUCCGUAUUUUGUGGACUUGGGUUCCUGUGGAGGAAGUCUGAUUUGGGAAGACAUAGUCUUGACAGCAGCCCAUUGCCCUGUUCCAAGUUUCGCCUACGUGGGACCAGAACAACAGGGGGAACGUGUCAUUGCUCAUGUCAAACACCCAGACCGUGCUCCCGUACACCGUUACGACUUUAUGCUGCUCAAGAUUGACAACCAUGGCCAAGCUUCACACGGAUCUGUCAGAAUACCGCUCAAUGAUCAAGAGGACACACCUUCGGAUGGUGAAGUGCUCAAAGUCAUCGGAACGGGUGUCACCGCAGAGGGUAACUUUGGCAGCGAUGGUCUCUUGCGACAAACCUACGUCCGGUACAUUCCCAUUUCUGAGUGUGCCAACAGUUAUGGGAGUUUCAUCGAGGAUGAUCAUCUGUGUGCAGGUGUUGAAGGCGGAGGCAGAGAUUCCUGCCAGGGAGACAGUGGUGGACCCAUCAUGGCAGGAAAAGGUGCCGGAACUGUACAAGUUGGUAUUGUUUCCUGGGGCAUUGGCUGUGCUCGUCCAAAUUAUCCAGGUGUCUAUGCCCGCGUCUCGGUGGCCUAUGAUUGGAUUCAGCGUAUGAUAUGCUGCCUUUCGGAAAGCCCUCCGGCAAGCUGUGAACCAGUUGACCCAUGCGAAUGUUCAGACGUUCCCUGCCAAAGCAUUACUGAAAGCCCUGAUGGACCCGAUACUGAAAGUCCUUUUGGAACCGAUCCUCCCUUUGACGGAACCGAUUUUCCUACGUUUAGCUUCACCAGCGCGCCAACAAACUCUCCGACCGAAAGCCCAACCAAUGCACCAACAAACUCUCCGACCGGAAGCCCAACCACAGAUGAGAACACUCCAAAUCCGACCACAAAUGAGCCCACUCCAAGCCCUACUCCAAGCCCGACCACAGAUGAGGCGACUCCAAGUCCUACCGGUACCACAGAUGAGCCUACUCCAAGUCCAACAACAGAGGCGCCUACCCCAAGCCCGACCAUGGCGUCAACUGAUGCUCCUACCGGGUUCCCAACCACGAGACCCACUGACCCGCCAACUGACAGCCCUACCAUUGCACCCACAGAUGCUCCCACUGAUGGAUGGAACAUUGAUGGAGGCUAUGGCGAUGGCUACGAUGACGAUCUCUUUGGUCGCUGA